AUGGCACACAAUAAACUAGUGGUUGAGGUCCAUUUUGGGGGUAGGUUUGACCGGAGUUUUGGGUGUGAGUAUACAGGUGGUGAAGUUGAACUGCACAAAGAUAGUGUUGACCUUGAUAAACUAUCUUUCUUUAAAAUUGAAGAUAUAUGUAAGGAAUAUGGAUAUAAGUUAGGGGAUUUAAUGUAUUUUAAAGACCCCGUGAAGAGUCUUGCUGAUGGGUUGCAUUUAAUUACUUCAGACCAUGAUGUGCUGAGCCUGUCUGCUUGCCAUGAUGGGCAUGCCAUUUUGCAAUUAUAUAUUGUGUCUUUUGGGGAUGGAGGAGGUGAUGAAGAGGAUAGUCAAGAUGAUAAUGAAUAUGGAGGUAGGGCUAAUUUGGAUGAUCCUUGGUGGGAUGAUAAGCUUAGUGAUACUGAAGACGUAUUUGAUGUUGGUGUUGAUGUUGAUAGUUCUGGACCCUCUAAUGUACAACAUGAUAAUCCUAGGGUUGAACAAGGUAAUGUAGAGGAUAAUGAAGGGGGUAAUGAUAAGAAUAGUGAAGAGGGUGGUAAUGAUGAGAAUAGUGAAGAGGGUGAAGAGGGUGAUGAGAAGUGUGAAGAGGGUGGUGAUGAUGAGAAUAGUGAAGAGGGUGGUAAUGGUGAUAAUGAAGAUGAAGUUGGUCAUGAUGACGAUGACAAUAACUCUGAUAUGGCUAGAAGCGACAUACUUGUCUCACCAGUAGCUAGUGAUGAAGAAGUUGAAAAUUCUGAGUCAAGAGGGUCUGAGUUCCAUGCAGUUGACCGAGAGGAUCCAAGUUUGGAAGUUAAGAUGAGAUUCCCAGAUAUACAGACAUUUAGGGAGGUUGUUAGGGUGUUCAAUCUGAAGAGGGGCAAGGACAUUACCUUUAAAAAAAAUGAGAGAAAAAAGUGUAUUGUUGUAUGUAAAGAACCAAAGUGUAAUUAUAGAGUGUAUGCUAGACAGGUGGAUGAUGAAGCUACAUUCCAUAUAAUCAGCCUUCAAGGUAGACAUGUGUGUGGCAGGCAAUUUAGGAACUCAAUUGUAAACUCUACAUGGAUAGCCGAUAAACUGAUUGAUAAGUUUAGAGUUCAGUCCGACAUGCCAUUACAUGUGAUACAGAAUGAAGUGAAAGAAAGAUGGAGGAUAGAUGUGAAUCCGAGCAUGAUGUAUAGGGCAAGAAUCAAGGCUAAUAAAAAAAUAUAUGGCAACCAUGGGGGUCAGUAUGCGGCCUUGUGGGACUAUUGUGAGACCUUGAGAGCAACCAACCCUGGAAGUUGUGUUGUGAUGAAAGUGGAUAGGACAGUACCCGAGGCGAAUCCAAGGUUUCAAAGACUGUAUUGUUCUUUGGCAGCCAUGAAGAAGAGCUUUUUGGAAGGUUGCAGGCCUGUGAUAGGGGUGGAUGGGUGUUUCCUUAAAGGGCCAUUUAAGGGGCAACUUCUAGCUGCAGUUGGACGCGAAGGCAAUGAUAACAUGUAUCCGAUUGCAUAUGCCGUAGUUGAAGCUGAGACUAAGGACAGCUGGAUCUGGUUUUUGGAAACCCUAGUGUCUGAUCUUGGGAACCAUGAGCGGCAUGGCAGGCCAACAUUUAUUUCGGAUCGACAGAAGGUAAGUCAUGGUUAG